UGGGCUUCUCUCUGGUGAUGCAGGACAUACAAUACAAUUUGCCUAGAAAUCUAAAGAGAUUAACAAAUCUCCAGCCAGAAGGUCAAAAUGGCAUGUGCUUCCCUACUUCCACCUGCUGCAAGAAGGCUAGAAGGCAAGGUGGCAUUGAUCACAGGAGGUGCCAGGGGCAUUGGUGAGUGCAUUGCAAGAGUCUUUUGCAAGCACGGAGCUAAAGUUAUCAUUGCUGACAUUCAAGAUGAAUUAGGCCAAUCCGUAUGCAAAGAUAUUGGUCUUGCAGUUGCAUCCUUCGUGCAUUGCGACGUAGUCAAAGAAUCUGAUGUCGAAAUUGCAGUCAACACCGUAAUCUGCUUACAUGGAAAGCUCGAUAUAAUGGUAAACAAUGCUGUUGUCAUUGACGACCCCAAACCAAGCAUCUUAGAGAAUAAUGUGGCUGAUUUUGAGCGUGUCAUUAGCGUUAACUUGACAGGCGUUUUCUUGGGAACUAAGCAUGCGGCUCGAGUAAUGAUUCCUGCAAGAAAAGGCAGCAUAAUUUCACUGGGUAGCGUUUCAUCAAGUGUCGGUGGGGUUGCUUCUCAUGCAUACACGAGUUCAAAGCAUGCCAUUUUAGGACUCACCAAAAACGUCGCAGCAGAGCUCGGGAGGUUUGGGAUUCGAGUGAACUGCUUAUCUUCCUACUUCAUUGCAACAGAGUUGGCUAUUAAUUUCUUCAAGCUGGAUACAGAUGAACGCUCUCGUGUUUAUUCUAACCUGAAAGGGGUCGUUCUUCAACAGGAAGAUGUGGCUGACGCUGCACUGUACCUGGGUUCUGACGAGUCCAAGUAUGUGAGUGGGCACAAUCUUGCAGUGGACGGAGGUUUUACCACUAUCAAUCCAGCUUUUGGCUUGUUUGCGUCAUCUCAGUAGAUUUUCUCGUCAGCUUUGAUGCUUCAUUGCCAGCUAGUUCACAGGGUCGAAGCUUUUCUAGUUAAACUUAUGCCGCUUUACUUCCUUGCCCGAGAUGCUCAUUUGAAAAAGUAGAGUUUAUCUUUUCCUGAUAAACAGCAGUGUCAUUUUAGUAGAUAUGGUAUUGUCACCAUCAAUAAGUAGAAAAUAUUGUUAAUAACGGCGUCGUCCCUGGAUACUGUUACCAUCAGAGGACUGAAGAAUAAAAAUUUCAAGAGUACUUUUGUUUUA